GAAACGGCACGGACGUCGGACGACGACGAGCGUGAGCGCCCCCGACGAGCGGCGUCGGGACGUUCAGCGUCGCAGCGCGCCGCGCCGCGCCGUGAAAACCGAGGGACGACGCGACGCGACGCCGUUCGAGCCAGUCUGCGUCCGCCAGUCGUCGCGACGUCCUCGCAUCGCAGUGGCCUGCGCCGAUUUCUCUCGCCGACUCUCGUGACACCCCCUUGAGAAGCUUCCUGCCGCAAAAAAAAGGAUACGCUGCCCCCGAACCGAGCGAUAAAUCAAACGACCGAUCACCACGAAAGCACGCGGUGUCUCGAUCACGAUCGAUCUCGCGAUCCGCCCGGUCGAUAGGCCCGGCGACGACUCACGAACUUUUUCACCCCUGCCUUUGCCCGCCGCGCAAAGCGGCGCCGAGUGUCCUUCGCGAGGCUCCAGGAUUUUCGGGACCGGCUCGCCGCAGACGGAUCGGCCACGAGGACACCGUCGCGCCGCGGUUACUCCGACAAGCUUAGUGCACUCUUGGCUGGCAAGCAGGACAUCCGCUGGCAGGACAUCCUCCGCGCACCGGGCUGCUGCAUCGUCGCGACCAUCUCGGUGACCUCUCCGGGACCCUCCGACGGGUCGUCGCUUUGUGCCGCUCUCCGACCCUCGAGGUUCUCUCGCACCUGUGCGUGCCGUCCGGUGACCAGGGGACCAGGCCCGGGAAACGGAGCCACGGGAAACCGGUGAAAGCGCAGAGCAAAAGCGAGCAAAAGCUCCGAGCGUGUUCGCGCGCGGAACCCUUCCGCCGGCUGUUCCUUCAAGCCGCUGGUCGUUUUUUUUUCGGCCCGAACGAACCCCGAACGAGUUUCUGUGCGCGCCGCUGGAUGGAUCGCAGCCUUUGAUAUCCGCCUCGAUAUUUGUCAGCCCGCCUCUCUGUCUCUGUCUUUCUCUGCUAUUGUUCGGAUUCGCAGCGCCAGCGACAUUAAGGAUUCCCUUUAAGAUUCGACCGUGCAUGUCCGAGUGCGGUGAUUCGCUGAUACCGCGGAACCUUACGGCGUGCUGCACUCGGGAAUUUUAAACUGCCUGGCUGCCGAUUCGACCUGGCUGGAUUCUAGUGCUGACCUGUAUACACAUGGUGAAAGUUCUGGCGAUGAAGAUGAGCAAAGUGGGCAACCAGACCAAUUCGCAGGACCCACAGGCGGUGAAUUCCCGGGUUUUCGUCGGGAAUCUAAACACGUUUCAGUGCAGCAAGACCGAUGUGGAGCGAAUGUUUCAGCGUUACGGCCGUCUGGCAGGAAUAUCCAUGCACAAAGGCUAUGCAUUCGUGCAAUUCACGAAUCCCUUUGAUGCCCGGAGCGCCUGCCUCGGCGAAGACGGCCGCACCGUUCUCAGCCAAAUACUCGAUGUCAACAUGGUGGCCGAGCCGAAACCUCAUCAGACCGGACGUAAACGACAGAACGUGACCAAAACAGGCAACGAUUGGGACUACUACUAUGACAGUUACUACGCCUCGACUGCUUUUCCACCCCGUUUGGCCCCGCCGCUCAAGAGACCACGUUUGAUGCCGCCGACUCGGUCGCAGCACCCGAAGCAACAGAAACAACAGCCAGCUGCGAACACAGCCAGCGUCCCGGACCUGAACCAGCUGAAAGUGUACAGCAAUCCGGACAUACUGAUCUGCGGCAACUGCAGGGAAAUGUUUACGGACCUGGGCGAGCUGCUCGAACACAAACGGAAUUACUGCAAGCUGCGGUUCACAUGUAAAUGUCACACUUUCAACGGAACAGCCCCAAGGGAUUCGACGACAGCUCUGCUCUGCGUCCUGUGCAAGGUAUCCUUCCCCUCAGCAUGGGAACUGAUGGUUCACGCUCAGGCAGCUCACAUGAUCAACAUUUACGAGCUGGGAACUCGACCUCAGAGUCCACGAUCCGCGCCUAGCCCUCCGCACAGUCCAAACCAGCAUCAGAAAGAAUCAUCACCGUCACCGCAAGACUUUCAGGAAACCAAAGCGUCAGACUGCGAAGAACGCCCCGAAUCGGAGGAGCCGGAAGUCGUCCCCGAAUUACUACCGUCCCCCGACAGUGGUAAAUCAACGGACAACGAGGCUGCUCUGUCGCCGAUUAAAAUACGACCUCUAGUGAACGGAGUGAAGCACGAAGAAUGCGACGAGGCGAACCACGUCGAGAACACCACGCAAGCUUGCAUCAUGCAUGCCCUCAGCAUUGACUCGUCCUUGGAACUCAACUCUGACACGAACUCGAGGGGAAGUUCUGGCCCAGUCAUGGCGUUGACUAAUGGAUCCUUGUCCGCGAAGGAAUAAGUCGAGAAAGAAUUAGUCAUUGGAACACGGUCUCCCCCUUCGCCCGUACAACCGAAAGGCCCUACCCCCCCCCCCCCCCCCCCCCCCCCCCCCCCCCCCCCCCCCCCCCCCC